AUGAAGUUUUCACUGUUCCUGCUAGCUUUGGUCGGUGUUGUGGCCCUAUGCCUUUUGAACAGCGUUGAAGCUCACCAUCAGGGUGGCCAAGGAGGUCAUGGAAAGGGAGCCGAGAUGAGCGGAGGUCGUGGAGGACCCGGAAAGGGCUCAGAAAUGAGUGGAGGUCGUGGCGGCCCUCAGAAGGGUGCCGAGAUGAGCGGAGGUCGCGGAGGGCCUGGAAAGGGUGUUGAAAUGAGCGGAGGUCGUGGAGGUCCCCAGAAGGGCGCCGAGAUGAGCGGUGGACGUGGAGGUCGUGGAAAGGAUGCUGCCGUGGAUGGCGGUGUUGCUCCAGAAGGUGCUGUUAACUGA